AACACCAAGCUGCGAGAGCAGCAGCAUCGGCCGCCAGCACUUUGAACCACCCUCGCGACAGCAGCUGCCGCAACUUCCUCCCCCGGCGCAGCCCCGCCAUGGCUGUGCACGAGCCUGGCGCCCUUGCGUCGACGCCCGACUAUGAACGGCUAGCAGCGGAGCAGCAAGCCCUUGCGGGAGGCCUUCAGGAGCGCGACGCUCUCAACUCCCGGCUGCUGGACCUGACAGGCUUGCGCCACAGCUUGACGCACUCGCAGGCCGAGCUGGAGCAGCAGCGCCUGGAGCGGGAGGCGCACGAGAAGCGGAUGGAGGCGGCGCGGUGCUCCGCCCAGCUGAGCGUGGACCUGGCCAAAAACCGGGUGGACCUGCACCGGUGGCGGCAGCGCACCGCGCUGCUCAAGGUCCGCCUGUCUAGCGCGCACGAGGAUGUGGACCGCUACCGCCGCAUGGGCGACCUGCUGCACCGCCAGUUUGAGCUGGAGAUGGCGGCCCGGCGCGGCAGCCGCGCGCAGGCGUCGGCGCUGGGGCGCCAGGUGCUGGCGCUGACGGGGCGCAUGCGGGAGCAGGCAGCGGGCAUCGCGGCUCUGCAGGCCGAACUGCUGCGGCUGCAGGAGACGGUGGCAGCACGGGACGCUGAGAUUGCGGCGCAGCAGGAGGCCAUGGUGACCAGCAGCGACGCGGCGCAGGCGGCGCUGGCAGAGGUGCAGGCGGCGUGCGGGCGGCUGCAGGAGCAGGUGGCUGCAGUGCAGGAGCGUGCCAAGCUGGCAGACCAGACGGCUGCUGCAGCACAGGAGCGCGCCAACCUGGCGGAGCAGACGCUGCGGCAGAAGGAGGCGCUGCUGGUGGAGAAGGAGCGGUUCCAGUCAGAUGUGCAGCACUUCAGCCAGGACCUGCAAAAGCUGGCGCGCGAGACCAGCAGCGUGGUGGAUGGCAAGCUGCAGGAGCAGCUGUCGGCGGCGCAGGCGCAGCUCUUUGAGGAGAAGCAGAAGCGGGUGGAUGCCGAGGGGGAGGCUCAGAUCCUGCGCGCCAAGUCGGAGCAGGUGCAGCGCGACGUGGAGCGCCUGCAGCGCAGCCUGGCGGCCCGCGACUCACUCAUCCAGCAGCUCAAGAUGGCGCGCCUGACAGACACGCCCGCCCGCCAGGUCACUCAGACGAUGGAUCUUGUGGGCUCGCUGGCCAAUGACCUGGCAGGCACACCCGCCACCGACCUGCUCAUGCGGCAGCGCUCGGCA